UAAAACGCACUUUUCAACCACUAUUUUAAAUUUAAUUUGACGAAUUUUUGGGACCAACUUAAUUCAUGUUUAGUACUUCCAUAGUUAACUUGGUUUUUCUUCUAUACAUUGAUAAAUAUUACCUUAAAGAAAAUUAGGUAGAUUCCGUACUUGUCUUUGUUUGUCAAGUACUUGACUUUGAGAAUCUUCCGCAGGUUUGUCCCAAUUUACCCCAGAAUCCCAAUUUACCCCAUGUCAUGGUAUUCAAGAUGUCAAAAUAGUCUAUUUAAGUUUCUAAUAUUAAUAGGCAAUAUUAUUAUUUACAAUGAAAAGAUAGUUUGGUAAAAACCACAACUACAAUAGAUUAAACGCCGUGUCGUUUAUUGUUGUUUAUGACAUUCUAAUUUGAAACUGAGUGAAAAGCUACUCUAAAAAGCGACAUCUAUAAGAAUUAGCCUGCAAGAGAAUGGGAUAAAAGACUUACGAAGAUUUUACCUUUUUUUUUCAAUCUUAGCUGAUAGGCUAUGAUGCCUUGUGGGGCUAUGUCAGCGUAACCCUAACGUGUAGGUGAGCUCUCGGGGCUCAAACCAGGAGGCGUUACUAACACUGGCCCCAGGAAGAGCAGUGCUUCGCAGAACUAUACUGAGACCUUAGAAUUCAUAUCUCAAGAUGGGUGGCGGCAUUUAAGUUGUAGAUGUCUAUGGGCUCCAGUAACCACUUAACACCAGGUGGGCUGUGAGCUCAUCCAACCAUCUAAGAAAAAAAAUAAAAGAAUUUUCACCGGAUCGGGAACGCGACCCACUGAGAAGAUCCGGCGAGAAUCUCAGUGGGCUGUGUCUAUGGGUUACUUUACUCGCCGAACCCUUCGCUUGCGACGAAAUUAAUAAUAAUUCAUACCCAUAUUCACACGCAUAAUUCGGAAUUUUACUUCUAACGUAUGGGAAUUGCAUACGAUUUUUAUUACUGUACAUGGGCAGGUGAGCCUAGCGUUAAGUAGAACGUAAAAACAACAUGAGAGCGUUAAUCUCGACACCCCUCGGAACCCUUCGUGCUGGCUCACAAGAUCCCUUACCACCAGUAAUUACGCAAAAUAUCUUUUUUGCGGAUUUGAGUUUUUUUACACGAUGUUAUCCCUUCACCGUGGGCUUCGGCCUCUAGGCCUCUUGCCUUCUGUUUUACCAUUAACGAUGAGCCUUUCAAAGCUAUCAGGGUUUCUGCGUUUUAUAUAAAAAAUAAUGCACGACCCGAUGAAGACAUAUGAUUGACAGCCGUUUAUCAUUGGCACACCUCAUUCAAACAUCCAAAUAAGCUAAGAAAGAUUUUGUUCCAGCCCAACAUAUCGAUUUUGUUCAUUAAUUUUAUCGAUUCAUUCACGUCAUGAUAUACUGAAUACUUACUUCUUACCAUUUUCUCAAGAUUGGAAUGACAAUUAAACAGCUUCUGUAAUGUAACCGCACAAAAAAUGCUCGAUUUCAUAAUGAUACAAAUACUUACUUACAUCUUUAAAAAAACCGCUAUUUUAAAUUUCCGUAAUGUACUAGAUAGUUUACUUAAUUAAAGUGUCUAAUCGUUUGUUGAUGACAUUCGUUUUGUAUAAAUUGUAAUUUGGCCGUUGCCUAUUUAGCAUUCGCUUGUAGAGUAGUACUCGUGUCAAUACGCUAUUCAAAGAAAAAGGAUGCUCUCCUACAUCUACCUCGCCUUGCUAGUGGCUGCAAGCCAUGUCCAAUCAACUCCCGCUGCUGCUACUGCCCAGAACGUAAUCUGCAAAGCCCGCAAUGGUUAUUACAAAACAGACGCGAAUUGUGAUACAUACAUUGAAUGCCGGGACUAUCAAGCUACUAACAUGAUAUGCCCGGAUGGUCUGCACUUUAAUCCUAGCGUGGAAUGGCCGGCAUAUCCUUGCGGUUAUCCAGUUGAAGUGACAUGUGUAGGAAGAGGGAGCAUCCAGCCUGCCCAAACAACACCGGAUUGCCCGCACCAAUAUGGCAUCUUCAAACAUCCUAACGCUUCGCCCACCAAUUGUGGCCAGUACCGAACAUGCGUAGGUGGUCGUGCUUUCGACAUGGUAUGCCCGCCGGGACUAGCAUUCAAUCCAGACUUCAGCCGCUGUGACUGGGCCGACCUUGUACCUUCCUGUGAUGCUGAAAAAUUCUUGGGUUUCACUUGCCCCCCUGCUCCUUUGGAUGCUAUCGGCAAUCCUCUGAAUAAUGUGAUAAACUACAAGUACGAAGGCAACUGCUACUACUUCUUCUCCUGUGAGCAAAAUCGGGCUAGAUUGCUGUCCUGCGACAUCGGUCUUGCAUUCGACCCCACGACUGGACGGUGCGUCGACGCAGACAGAGUCCAGUGCAAUGCAACGCAAAACACAAAUGACAAGAAUCAUAUAUGAACUAAUUUGAACUUAUACGUUGUUUUUUCAAAAAUAAAAUUACAUUCCUCGUA